UAUAAAGUCUUAGGGCCUCGACGUUUUACAGGUAUUUCUCAUUGGUGUUUCAAAGCUGCUGUGUCUGCUAGUAAGUGUAUACUCCAUCCGUCCUUCCUUCCUACCAGCAAACAAGAAUCAUAACUUCGACCUUGGCACAGAGAAGUGGGAGCUAGUCACAGAAACGCGUCUGUGCUUUCUACAAGAAAAAUUUAGACCACGUAUGGAUUUAGUGACAGUGCAUCAACAGAUGAACUUCAGUUGCAAAACUGAUAUUAAACAGCGCGGUAGUGUCUAGUGGCGUAGAAAUAUUUACGACAAAAAAAAUACUUCUCUCAAAACAUGGCUACCGUCUUCAAGAGCCGAUAAAAGUUUUGUCGCGGGGAUGAACUAGAAUUUAAAAAUGACUGACAUUUUAUAUCGUGAAUUUAAGACAUUUAUUUGAGAUGAUAUUAAGUCGUGAAGAAAUAUUUUGAGUCGCACGUGUGUUAAAUGAUACGUAAUUCAAAAUAACAUUAUUUUUUAUAUCAUAAAACAAGCUAGUGUUGCAUAUAUAAACAGUGCAUCACCUGAUAUUUGGUGUUACGAUGUACUAAUAUUAAUAUCGUCUAGUUUACGUAAAAGUGAAUUCAUCGAUUAAAACCAUGACAUUCAAGGUUUCGCAACUAUUUCUCAUGUGCCUGGUUGUAACGCGGGCACUGGUUCCAGAGGACUGGCUUUCCCGCAAUGCAUCUCAAGUUAUCAAACACUCAGCUAUGAGACGUCCCAUCCAAUACCUGCAACCGCACCAGUCACCAAAAGUCAUGACGCCCUUAACACAAAGACAUUCAUCAACAAGACUUCGUAGCGUAAGCUUCAACGGGCCUCACAGCUCACCAAAGCCGACAGCAUACACUCGGGACACAAUCUCGCGACCUUCAGGAAACAAACAACACAUGAACCCUACGAACGUCAGAGCGAGCAACCAAUCAUAUCACAGCCCACGUUUUGACCACAAUCCAUCGUCUUUCUCCGCACACAGCCGUUUAGCAGGUCGUGAGGGGAAACCAGUUAUUGGUGAAUCUUCUACGUCUGAAGGACAACGCAUUUCAAGAUGGUUAAUGUUUCCGCACGGCUCUCAAGAACAAAGGGAGAGGAAUCCAGACAUGAAUAACAUCUUACGACCACCUCCACUCCCCCACAGAGACCAAAGUUCCCCUCAAAAAUAUCAACCUGUUCAAAGUUCAGUAGACCAGACCGCAAGUGGGACACAUCAACAUCACGCUUUCGUGCCUUACAAUUCUUCUCCGCGCCACAAACUUAAAACCACUCAGUGCAACCAAUGCAAUAAAACACCUUGGAUCCCAAUGGUCACAUCUCAUCAUGGACCUUCGGAUGCAGUCAACGGCCAUGUUCCUAGACCAAAUAUAUAUCUACCACCUGCUACAAUUUCUUCAGGUUAUGAAUCACCGCCAAUUGGAUCCUUACCCUUGCAGUCACAUGGAACAGAAUAUGGUCCACCUUUACCUCCUCUGGAUACUCAAAAUCAAUACGAACCCCCUUCACAUCCGGAGCCAACUAACGAACAAUACGCUGUUCCAAAUCUUUCAUCUGUUCAUCUUGGAAAUGAAUAUGGGCCACCCCAUUCGUCCUCCCAACACAUACAGCCUGAAUAUAAACCACCUCACCCGGCAACUGAAUACGGUCUUCCUCAUCAACUAACAGAUGAAUAUGGUCCACCCCCUCCUCUCCCUCAACAGACACACAAUCAUUUUCAACAACCACCCUCAGCAGCGUCACAUCAAGGAAUUCAAUACGGACCACCGUCAAUAAUUACCAUAAAGAAACCCGAUUAUGGACCACCAAUUCUAUCUCCUCCAAGCGUCGAAUACGGAGCGCCUUCUCAUCCAAUUGACACCGAUUAUAGACCUCCGUCACCACCGGCAGACCAAUAUGUAACACCACAACACGACGGAAUAAAACAACAGGUUCCACAUCAAUUAUCUCCAAUUUACCUACAGGCACCUCCGGUGUUCGAACCCGAAUGGUUCAAGGCACAAUCCCAGUCAGCCGCCUCACAUUACUUAGUCCCUCCGCCAAAUUCUGGAGGUAGCAACGCGGACGACCACGGGCACAGUUCAGGUGAACGAGGUCAAGGAGGUGGAACCGGACAGACUGACAUCGACGUUGUACAGUCCGUGUCGUUAACAGACGACUCGCAUCCAGUGGCAUCUCAGCAUCCGACAAGCGACUCACACGACGGAUCUUCUAGUCACUUAUUCCAAAACUCCUCACAUCUUCCAAACAACCAGUUUUACUUACCUGAAGGAGAAAAUUACGCACCACCAGAAAAUAAUUAUCCAUUUCCAAAUAUACCUCGUACAAACGCCACUAAAGAAUCUGGUUAUGAAAUCAUUCCCAGCGUACAAGUGACAGAUUACAUAUCAUCAAUUGAAUAUCCUCUACAUAUCGUCCAAUCACCUUACAUUGACGUUACAGAAGCUCCUGGUAACAGCGUUAAACAAAUCUUUUUUUCAGCACAAAGCAGCUGGUCUCCUUCCACCACCGCCCUCAUUGCCCGAGCCACUGAACCAAUCAAAUAA